CAGCUACUGCUGUUUAUGUGUCUUGCUUAUAAAUCCACUCUGAAGUGAUCAUUAAAGUCUUUGAUUUGCUUAAUGCAAAGAGAGUGUAUAGAAAUCAGUGAAGGGGAUGUGAGAUCCAGGCAGGAAGUAUGGGGGUGUCCAUGUGGUGAUUAGUUGAGACUGAUCUAGAAUCAGAUUUAUGGAAGGCAGCUGUUGAGGGUUUGACAGACAGGCUGGUCGGAAGACUCCAGCGCUGCUGCAGAACAGAAUCGGAUUUGAGCCACUGCUGCCUGCGGAGGAGCGUAGAGGAGUGUGUCAGAUAACAUUUAAACAGAAAGGCAGAAGAAAUAAAGUCACACAUCUGGGAUGGCAUGAGGGUCGGCGUGGGAUACCUGCAGGUCAAUGCAGAUGGACUGAGACUGGAGGGAGACUCUGACUUCCUCUUCCAUCUUCAUGCCCAGAAAAUUGACUCCAGAGAGGAUUCAGCUCUUCUGGUGCACUCCUCUGAAAAUGUCACUCUCAGUGCUCGCAAUACCAAUGGUGAUGUCACAGGGAGUGUCUCUGUAGGCCAGGCUAGGAGCUUUGGCCAACACUUCAACAUCAGUUCAAACCAUGAUGAAAAUAUAUUUUAUGCAGAUGGAAAUGGAGCCAUUGUGGGUAAAGGAAAGCUCUGUGUAACAGGUCCAGAGGGAGCUCUUUUUGAACAUUCUGUCAGGACUCCUCUAGUCAAAGAAGUACUGAAUAAAGAGCUCAAACUGGAGUCUCCAACAUGCUCACUCAUAAUGGAUGCCCCAAAAGGAGUUCAUGCCAAAGCCUUGGCUGGGAAUGUUGAUGUAACAGCAAACUUUGAUAUUCUGCUGCAUUCAACUGCAGGACUGGAAAGCAAAAAGUAGAUCUUUAAAUAGUUUGGCUGUGAAAGGCUCUUUGAAAUAGUUGCUUAGUUAAAUGUCUGAACCAAAGUGGACACCCAAACACCAGAACCAUUCAAGUAUAGGAAUGGCCAUUUCUAAACUAUCCAAUGAAAGUAGGGAAUCUCAAUUUAGUAAUCAGUGGGCAUUUCCAAACCAGGAUGGGCAUUUCUAAACUAUCCAAUGAAAGUAGGGAAUCUCAAUAGUUUGGAAACGCCCACUGACUUGGAAAAAGCCCAUUUUUGUUCUGCAGAGACAUACAGUAAGUUGCCAACCAUAUGGUACAGUGGUCCAGGGUUGCUCAACACAAACAAAUUAGCAAAGCAAACAAUAUAAAGUAUAUAUUCAUAUAAAGUGUUACCAAUUCUGUCAUUAAAAUGUACUUCAUUAUUGCUGGGUCUGUGGUAUAUUUCAGUUAUUUCUAGAUGCUGAAUCUGUCCAUCUGCCCAUGUUACCUGUGGGUAAAGCCAGAACUUCAGGUGACUCUCAGGGAAUGUAUGAUAUUUUUGAGGUAUGUGUUUGCCCCAGCGGUAAGCUCUUCCUCUCCAGGCCUGGUGUCUCCUCUACAUGUAGUGAGCAACAAGACUGCCGAAUACGUUUCUCUCCAUAACACCUAUAGUAUACGUGAACCAAAUCUCCCAUAGCAACAAGGGCUUCUGU